UAAUAAUCAUCCAACCCAAUCCCAUCAUCGUCGUUGAUCUCUCUCUUUCUCUCUCUGUGUUUCUGUGUCCACUACUCCACUGUCCACCCAAAGUCCUCCAGGCUCCAAACCCAACUCUCUCGUCAUCCUCUCUUCUUUACCAUCCGUUUCCAUGGAUAUGGAGUUAUUAUGGACAUGGACGUGGAAUGAACCCUUAGCCUCUCCUCCCAUCUACUAGUCCCAAAACCCUUAAUCCUUCCACUUCCAGCUCUCUUAAACUCGAACUUAAAUGUUCCUACCAUGGAAUUAACCCCCAAUCCCACCCCCACCACCGCCACCGCCACCGCCACCGCCAAACUGCAGGAAGCAGAAUCGGAGACACAAUCACCUCAUCCUCCACCGACCCAACUCUCUAAGCCCACCAACGACCACUUAACUCCAAAGGCCUUAUCUUUUACCAACGGCAUACUCAAACGCCGCCAUCAUCUCCGCCCGAGCAGCCCGGUGGUGCCAGUACCGGUUAUUUACAAAGAAUGUCAGAAGAACCACGCCGCAAGCCUAGGUGGCCAUGCCUUGGAUGGUUGCGGAGAGUUCAUGCCAUCUCCCUCUGCCACCCCCACCGAACCUACUUCCAUUAAAUGCGCCGCUUGCGGUUGCCACCGCAACUUUCACCGCCGUGAACCUGAAGAACCCACCCUUUCCUUCGAUUUCCACCACCACCCACCACCACCACCACCCGCUGCCACCGCUCGUGGGCGGAGCCCCAAUUCACCUUCCCCACCUCCGCUUUCAUCUUCUUACUACCCCUCUGCUCCCCACAUGUUACUGGCUUUGAGUUCGGGACUCUCUGCUCCCUCAGAUAUCCAUCAACCGGUGAAUAAUUACAACCAUCAUGUGGCUCCAUCAGCAGCAGCAAUGACCACGGCGAGCCCGAAUGGACGUAAGAGGUUCAGGUCGAAAUUCAGUCAGGAACAAAAGGAGAAGAUGCUUUCUUUCUCGGAGAGAUUGGGUUGGAAGAUGCAGAAGAGGGAUGAGGAAUUGGUGGAAAAGUUCUGCAAUGAGGUUGGUGUUGGGAAGGGCGUUUUGAAGGUUUGGAUGCAUAAUAACAAGCACACGUUUGCCAAGAGGGAUCAUAACAACGCUGACAACAACAACAUUAGCAGUAGAAUUAGCCUUGACGACAUCCACAAUCACAAACACGGUUUGGGUGUUCACAGAGAUACGAGUACUAGUCCUCUUGUUACCACCACCACUACUAAUGGUUCUUCUUCCUCAUCUUGAUCACACUAUUCUCUAAUCAACUUCAGGAACUGUUUUGAGACAUGGAUAGAGUUAGAAUUAGAGACUUAUUAGAGCUCUUCUUCUUUAUUUUUGUUUAAUUUCUUUGGAUAAUUUGCUUUUGUUGAGAAAAGAAGAGAGUUGGAGUAAGAAAAAAAAAAAAAAAAAAAAGGAAUUUAUUUUGGAAAACCUUUUCCUGUCGCACUUUUUCCCCCUCUGUUGGGUUGGAGGUGUCCAGGUGGGGGAGAGGAUAGGUUAUGGACAUAUUUUACUGCUUAAUUUUGUGGGAUUUUGAUGAUGUGGGUGCCUUGGGUUCAAAGUAUUAUCUUUUGCUGUUGCACCA